AUGCCGAUAUCUCAACUGUUCAAGGAUGAGCAUGCAUCAAGAUCAAUUGACGCCGGCGGGACCAGGAUAGGUGGCGGUAGAACAACAAUCAGUGGCAAUAACACUAUUGGUGGCGCGGAGAGUGGGAACAUCACGGGAAACACCAGCGCAACCAACUCGAACGGCGUGAACAGUCGUAACGGGAAUAGCGUGAGCAUAGGUAACAAUGGCGGAAACAGCGGAAACAGUGGCAACAUCGGAAAUGGCGGAAAUGUCAACGGAAACAAUACUGGGAAUAAUGGAGGGUUCAAUGGUGCAAGAUUCACGGAGCUCACAUACUAG